AAACUGCACUGCAGUGAUCUGGGAGAGAACCCUGCAACCAUCUGUUCCCUUCUGUAAGUCUACAAGUCUGAAGAUAUGAAGCUGCUGCUGGCAGGACUGGUUCUGGUGCUGGUCGUGGGAUCCCAUGCCCAGUGGUACAAGUUCCCUAGAGAAGCAUACCAGGGGUCACGUGACAUGUGGCGCGCCUACUCAGACAUGAAGGAGGCCAACUGGAAGAACUCGGACAAGUACUUCCACGCUCGAGGGAACUACGAUGCUGCCCAGAGGGGCCCUGGGGGAAGGUGGGCUGCUGAAGUCAUCAGCAAUGCCCGGGAGAGGGUGCAGGGAGCCAGUGGGCGUGGCCACGAGGACACAGCCGCAGACCAGGAAGCUAACCGCUGGGGUCGCCACGGAGGUGAUCCAAACCGCUACAGGCCUAACGGACUGCCCAGCAAGUACUGAACUCCACCAGAGCUCAGCCGUACACUCAGCCUUUCAGAAUCCUAUGCUGUCUGCUGGAAACCUGACAAUUUACAUUUAUUCAUAUAGCUGAUGCUUUUAGCCAAGGUGACUCCCACUCUUCAGCUACUUACAAAUCUUGACCCAUUUAUACAGCUGGGUAAUUUUACUGGCACAAUAUAGAGCGAGUGCCUUGCUUGAAGGUACUACUCCUAGAAGCCUGUGCCGUCUCCUGGAAACCUGACAUCUGUCCAGAUGAGUUCUGUGCCCUUUCAAGUAUUCAAUACUUGACAUUUCCUUUUGACUGCAAGUAAGAAUAAAAGUUACAUUUUCCCGUAA